AUGGCGGCGAGACCGGUUGUAAUUAGCGAAGUUCUAUAUUUUUUGGUUGGUAACUUCGACUUAUUUGAUAAUGAGACGUUUAUAAAUAAUACUGCUGAAUUUUUCUCCAACGAGGACUUUAUUGACGCUCAAAAAAUUUUGAAAUUAGAGUUGGAAAAUGUUAAAAUUGAAAAGUUUGAAAAACCUACUUCACGUGGCAACACAAGGCGCGAUAAACUAUCUAAUAAAAAGGGUGGUGGUGUCGGGAUAUUUCUUAAAUUGGGACUAGAUUAUACACUUUUCGACAAUGCCCUAUCAACGGACGACGUCGCCGAUUGUCUAUGUAUUGAAAUUAAAUUUCACAAAUCCAACGUCAUCGUAUUUGCUAUCUAUAGACCACCAAACUCUGACCCCUCCAAUUUAAUUCAAAAACUUGACCUCGCUUUAUCUAGUCUUAAAACCAAUUCUAAAGUUUACCUUGUCGGCGAUUUCAACUUAGAUCUCUCAAAGGCCUGCUCUGAUAAACUCGUUGCUUCCUUUUCCGAUUUACUGGCUUCCUUCAACUUUGUUCCUCUUAUAUCUCAGCCUACCAGAGUGACUCAUUCUUCCUCUUCUAUAAUAGACAAUAUCUUCACAAGCAAUCUAUCUCAUCACAUUUCUGGUAUUCUUUUACAUGACUUUUCCGACCAUUUUCCUAUUUUCGCUUUAUGUCCAAAUCACUGUUUCCCCAUUCCAACAGCUCCAAUUAAACUUCGUAGAAAUCUCUGUCCUGAUUCUCUUAGGAAAAUCAACCUCCAACUUUCUGUCCAAGACUGGUCAUCUGUCACUACUCAAGAUAAUAUUAAUACAUGCUGCUCUACGUUUUAUGCCAUUCUUUUCUAUAUUCUGGACUCCGUUUCCCCUCUGCUUCCAAUAUUAACUUUGUUUUUCGAGUGUUAA